AUGAUGAUGGACCAACUAAAAAUUCCGAAUGUACAAAAGUUCUGUUAUUUAUUGGGUCAACUUAAAGGAAAAGCUAGAAUGGUCGUUUCACAUUACGCAGUGACCGAUGAAAACUACCUUAUUGCAUUAAAUGCGCUAGAAAAGCAAUAUGGUUAA